AUGAGAACCCGCGCGGCCAUCCAGUUCGCCGCGGCCGUCUACUAUGCGCAGGUCGCAGCGGCCGAGGACGAUCAGGUCACGUGCCUGGACGCGGCUAGCAACAAGGUGGCGGCCGACAAGUGCACCGGCAACACGGAGCCGCACACCUUUUUCCUGAGCAGGCGCGGCGAGGAGCCCGUCGACAGCGUCGAGAAGAGGGACGUUAUAAACCCCAGCCGCAUUAAGCGGGGAGGCUUCGGCACCCCGACCCAGUUGGCCGCGCGCACCGAGACUUCUCCCGGCAGCGGCGGUGGCGCUAGGCCUGGCAUGGGCUCCGUCGGUGGUUAA